AUGUUGAUGGCCACUAAUACAACAUACAAAUACAUCGAAGAAAAUCUCGUUAGCAUAGCUCCUAUUUGUUUGAGACAUGCGAACAAGGCAGUUGAAGACUUAAAAAUUCUUUCAAAACGAAAAUUGGCCCCCAUCGUCAUCAGCAUCAAAAAUUUAUGUGGAAUUGGAAAUUCAUUUCUCAUUAGUCACCAUUAUCAUGUAAUGUUAUCAAUUCAUGUCAACUUAUCAGCAACUUACAUAACGUUAUUUGACAACUCUACUGAGUCAUCUUUAAAUGAUAUUUUAGAAUUCUUUCAAUAA